AUGGAGAGAGAUUUCAUGGGUCUCAACUCGAAAGAACCACUAGCUGUGGUCAAGAAGGAGAUCAACGAUGAUGGCUACGAAGACUCUGGCAUAGUUCCAGUCCUUCUUGGUUCCAUUGCACAGUGGCCCUUCUCGAACAAAGUAUCUGCCCUUCCACAUUUGAUGUCUUUCAAGGCUUCUCAAGAUGAUAAGACUAAGAACAUAGUGUCUGAUCCCAUAACAUCUGGGCUUUUAUCUAUCUUAAGUCAAGAUGCAAUUGAAUCUAGUCAGAAACGCUUUGCUGGUGAACCCCAGAAAUCUUUCAAUCAUGAUGGGCACGGUGGUCGUCAUUUUUCGCUGACUCCAUAUCCUGUACAACAUGAUACCAAUUCUGUGAAUCAUCCUCAUGAUGUGAAGAUGUUUUCAGUUCCCAAUCAAGCAAUUUCAGUUUCCUUGGGGAAUCCAUUCCUGAAGAAUCAUUUUGCAACUGCUGGUCAUAAUAUGAAUGGCACUGGUGUGAUGCAGCCAUUACUUGGGGGAAUACCUGUUUCUGUUCCCCAUUCAGCUCUUCCCAACGCUGGUGCUGUUGCUGGAAUGAUUCAAUCAUGUAACAGCGUGAAACCAUCUCCACCUUCUGCCCAACUUACCAUCUUCUAUGCGGGAACUGUCAAGGUCUUUAAUGAUAUCUCUGCUGAAAAGGCACAAGCUAUCAUGCUGUUGGCUGGCAAUAGCUUAUCUAUAGCUCCUAACAUGGCCCAGCCAAAAGUUCACGCGCCUGUCUCGAAGAUGGCUGGUGGCGAUGGUGUGCCUGUGAGUCAACCAGCGAAUACACCACCCGGCUCUGGCCUUUCAAGCCCUUUAUCUGUUUCUUCACAUACUGGACUGCAGUCAGGGAGUGGCUCAACCAGCACUGAUGAAUUUCUUGCUUCUAAAACAACUGGAGUUCCCACUACUCCUGUUAGCAAUGUGGACCCUCCAAAGGUAGUCAGUGCAACCACUAUGUUGACAUCAGCUGUACCUCAGGCUCGGAAAGCAUCCUUGGCUCGAUUUUUAGAAAAGCGCAAAGAAAGGGUGAUGAGUGCAGCACCAUAUAAUCUCAACAACAAGUCUGAAGAGUGUGCAGCUGCAGAAUAA